GCCAAAAGCUGAUGAACGCGAAUUCGAGUUCUGCACCUUUCGCAACAGAUAUUUCAAACUUAGAAGACCCAACUUACAAGGUAGGAAAACUCUCAGUUGAGCAGAGGAAGGAGAAGAUCCAUCGGUACAUGAAGAAGAGGAACGAAAGGAACUUCAGCAAGAAGAUUAAGUAUGCGUGCCGCAAAAGUCUGGCAGACAGCCGUCCGCGAGUGAGAGGGAGAUUCGCAAAGAACGAGGAAUUCGGGGAGAACUCUAGGCUCGCUUGUGGCCAUCUUGGGGAUGUUGAAAAGGACGAAGUGGUUGUGAAAGAAGAUGACAUGAUGGAAUCAUCUGAUAUCUUUGCUCAUAUCAGUGGAGUCAAUUCCUUUAACUACUCAAUCCAAUCUUGGAUUUGAAUAGCCAGAUCUUACAGACCCGAGCAAUUCCAUCACACAGUUUUGCAGGACUUGGUGAAGCCCGGAUCUCUGUUUCUGCAGACCGGCUGACUAAUAAGAGCUAGUGUAUCAAUACAUGAGUCAGGACUAAUUAGUAUGACGAUAGGAAUUAAUGUACUUUUGUAUAUAAGGUCUGUAUGUUAUAAAGUAUAUCGAUUAGACUCUGUAGACCUGAGACUGGGAA